CUCUCACAUCCAUCUUCAUUGCCUCCUUUUCCCGCCUUCAACGCCUAUCACAAUGCCAACGGUCGAGGACUACUUUGACGACGACACCGACCUCCCGCUCCCAUCGGCGAGCGGCCGGCAUCUCCCCAACACGGGUCUGCAGGGUGCCCUGCUCGAGGAGAUCGGCGAUGACCUCGACAUGGACAAGCUUCAGGACCAGGGGCGUGGCGAGUAUGGCGCGAACUCGCGUGCACCUCCUCCGUCUUCUCCGGGCAAGGGCAAGGCGCCUGAGACCGCUGCCGACGUCCAGCGGCCGCAGCAGCCGCGCAUGGACCCCAACACUCCCAUGGGCGGGUUUAUGGGCGACAUGAUGAAGCUCCAGGAGGUCGAGGAGGAGCGGAUCGAGAAGCUGCGGCGCACGUUCGGGAACACGAAGAUCGCGCAGGACCCGAGUGUUUACAAAUCGUGGAACACGGUGUACCCUCGCUACUUUGACGCCAAGGUGUCGGUCACAGACGGCCGCCGCGUGCCGCGCAAGUCGGCGCUGUGGUGGCCUCAAGCGACGCACAUCGCACAGGCGUGCGCGUCGCUCGGCCUCCCCUCGGUCCUGGAGCCGGAGAAGACGCACCCCGCGGACUGGGAGAACCCCGGCCGUGUUAAGGUGCAGCUGGAGCGUGACGGGCGCCCGAUCAAUCCCAUCGUGAAGAACCGCACACAGCUGUACACGCAGCUGGCGCGGCAGAUGCAGAACGCGAACCCGAAGCUCGUGCCGGCCGAGGCGGACAUGAAGCCGCGGAACGGGCCGAAGCCCCAGGCCGCGCCGAAGGGCAAGGCCGUCAAAACGGCUGCGCCGUUCGCGACGCGCCCGCCCGCCGCGCCCGUCCCGCUGCCGCGUAUGGACGAGCGCUUGCCCGUGCACUCGCCGACGGCGGCGACGGGCGUGGCCGUCAGCUCGGUGAAGCGCGACCUCGAGGCGGAGAAGGAGGCGAAGAAAAAGGGCCUCGGCCCGCCAGAGGAGGGCGCCAAGGCGCCCAAGAUGAAGCGCAUCAUGGUCCGCGGAAAGCGGUAGUGCCCUCACCCCGCGCCGCCUUUGCUCGCGCAGAGGACGCGCUGUUCAAUUAUGCAUAUCAACAUUGCGACCUGA